AUGGAGUCCAACCGACAAGCGCCGGAUACCCCCAGACCAAUCAAGCGAGCAUGUGACCAGUGCCAUACCCGCAAGGUCAAAUGCAAUGGCCUGGAGCCUUGUCAAACCUGUAAGAAAUCUCAGCUUCCAUGCUCCUUCUUGAAUCCUGUCAUGCCCAAAGGACCGGUACCAAGAGCCGGUCGACGACCCAGACUUCCAGGGACGAACACUCACUUGAGGGUCUCUCGUUCCUCCUCACCCGUCAGAUCAUCUAGAGGUGACUCACUGCAGACCUGGAUGAGCGAUACAUGGACGACCUUUGGUACAACGUUGCAGUCGGACAAUUCGGUUCCUUGGACUUCGUCGAGCUGGCAGCCGGCUGAGACGCAAUCUGCGUCAGCCGUUAUCGAUGAGCUAUGGGAAGAUAUCUGUGGUGAAUCGUCAAUGAUAACCGGUGUUGGCAACGAUCCUGGUCAGAGUUCGAACGAUGUUCAGCAGAAGAGUAUAAGUCCCAUCGAUAUUCAGACCUCCGGGACAUUUGACAGCACAGGCUGUUCAACUUCGACUUGCAUCCCGAUACCAGCUGGGGCCGCCCCGGUUGCAGAUACCUCCUCCUUGUCUGACAGUUCCGACUUGCUCUCAAUGCUCACUCAAGCCGCCCUACCACCCACCACCCUCGACGCACCGCAGCAAUUUUACAACAACUUUUCCAUCCUCGGAUCAACUCCCUUACCGCCCACUUCAGUCCCGUGGUCUAUGCCAUUCUGUCCUCCUGAGGAUGUAUCACCAAUACUGACUCUCACCUUGGAGACGUUGGUCAAACCACAAUUGGAGAUCUUCUUCGAGCGGGUCUAUCCGAUGAUACCUAUAUUCCCUCGUUCAUACAUCAUGGGCAGACUGUUGGAUAUCGAAUCUCAUCAGAAUCGGACUUUUGUCGCUCUGAUUCUGUCGAUGGUCUCACUAUCACUCAUACACCCUCUAAGACCUGAGGAGAUACCACACAGACCUACAAGAGCCAAGCAAAGUAAGACUUUAAUGGAUGAAGUCAUCCGAUUGAGGUCGAAAUGGGAUUGGGCCUCUCAAGCUAGUGUGGAGGGUGCCACUACCAGUUUUAUGCUGUUCGGAACGAUGUUCGAGCUGGGUCAUGCGGAGGGUUCUAGACUCAGGCUGAAAGAGGCUAUAAGUAUAGGUGAACUGUUAAGGCUCGAUGAGGUCAGGACGUAUACAAGUGUAGAGCCAGACGAAGCAAGAAGACGAAUGAGACUGUACUGGGUUCUGGGUAUCACUGAGCGUGCAUAUGCUCUACAAAGGUGCGGCAGUAUCACUUUCCACGGUUCAUUACAUACCCCUGCUUUCAAAUCUUUGGAUCCAUCACAGGAUUUAGCAUCUCGAACUCUACUUCAUCUUGCCAAACUAUUCUCGUUUGUCGAUUCCGAUAUCGUAUCGUGCUGGAAUGGCAAAUGCGAUCCAACCAUAUGUAAAACUCUCACCAAAGAACGAGUGCAGUCGAUACUUAGGUCGCUCAAUGGAACACCUGCUCAAGUAUUUGGCAGCGAGAUCGCUUUCACAGGAUUAAGCGAAGUUCAACAAGCGGACCUGUUGAUCACUUGGCAAUGGUUGCGAAAUCGCGUUUGGCGUCUAGCUGCAGGACAUGGUUUGACUGGAGAUGAACUUGGUGAGGAGCUUGGUGUGGGGUAUGUAGUGGAUGUAGCUAGUACGACUGUACUCAUCUGCCGAAGAUUGAGCUCCAACGCUCUGGAAGCUCACGGAUGCGGUUUUGUCGAAAAGCUGUACGAUAUCGCUUCGAUCGUCACCGAGUUGAUGCAGACAUCGACUAAGCUGCAGAGUAGACUUGUGGAUGUGGCCAAGACGGAUCAAUGGACAGAUUUAUUACAGACUUUGUACACGUUCGUAGCAUCUCAUCGUAGUGGGAUCACAUUUGUUCAGCCCAUGGCACAAGCCUUGUCGGUGGCUCAUGGCGUCAAGCUUUUAUGUGCUCCGACAUGA